AUGACGAAAAUAGAACAUAUAAAAAAAGCCGGGAAAGUUGUUGGAUGCAUACUAAAAAAAUUAAAGCAGGAAAUAAAACCUGGCGUUUCCGGAAAAUAUUUAGAUAAAUUAGCACACCAAUUAAUGGACGAACAAAAAGUUCAGUCAUCUAGCCUUAAUUACAAAGGUUUUUCAGCCUCUAUUUGCGUUUCUCUUAAUCAUGAACUAACCCAUGGCAUACCGGACGAACGGGUUUUUCAAGAUGGUGAUUUAGUUUCUAUUGAUGUUGCUUGUAGUUGUCAAGGCUAUCAUGCUGAUGCUGCUUUGACUACUAUUGUUGGUGAGGGAGAUGAAAAAAAAAGAAAUUUAUUAAAUGUAACUAAAAAUAGUUUAUAUUAUGUGAUUCAAAAAAUCAUACCUAAUAAGACUACUACUCAAGAUAUCGGCGCUAUGUUAGAAAAAUACAUAAGGACUCGUGGUUAUUACCCAAUUAAAGAAUAUGGCGGACAUGGUAUUGGCGAAAAUCUUCACCAAGAACCCUUUAUCCCUAAUUAUAAAACUCUCGAUAAAGGAGAAAUUAUUAAAGAGGGAAUGUUUAUUUGUAUUGAGCCAUUGGUUCAGAUUGGUGAUGCGGAAACGAAUAAAGAAUUUUUCCCCACUCAAGGUAAAGUAAUUGAACUAAUAAACAAAAAAGAAUUUCGCGUUAAGUGUGACAAUGGAAGAAUAGUUAAGGCUAAUGUGGCCUCUCGUUUUCGCACCAAACAAGGACGCCGAAGAGCCAAAAUUGUCGAAGGAGACAGAGUAGUAGUAGAAAUAAUCAUGGCCGAGCCGGAAAAGGGACAGAUUGUUUCCCUGUUCGAUCAAAAUAAUGUGCCGUACUUGUCAAGUUAUCAAAAGAAAAGGCCAUCGUUAUGUUUAUUGUCAAGUAAAUCCGAAGCACAAGCAAAGGCAAGGAAUAUUUUAAUCGCUCUCACUUAUGUUUAUGGCAUUGGAAUGUCCCUAGCUCGUGAGAUAAUUAAUAAGACUAAAAUUUUUGGUCAAAAGAAGACUCGUGACUUAACCGAGGGAGAAAUCAAGUUAAUUAAUGAAGAAAUUAAGCAUUUUUCCACCGAAGGAGAAUUAAAAGAAAAGAUUCAAAGGAAUAUCAGCGAACAAAUUCGGCUUGGUACCUAUCAAGGAUUAAGACGUUCUCGCAAACCCAAUCCUUUGCCAAUUCAUGGUCAGAGAACGCGACACAAUGCUCGCACAGCCAAAGGUCGUGGUACUGUUAGUGGUCAUUUUAGUUUUAAUAACACUAUUCUUAAUUUGGCCAAAGAAAAUGGUGAAGUCCUAACUCAGGUAAGUCCAGGCAGCAUCGGUUUUCGUGGUACCAAAAAAUCUACUCCUUAUGCGGCACAAAAGACGGCUGAAGAGAUAAUUAAAAGGGCUUCCGAAUACGGAAUUUAUAAUAUUAAAUUACAAGUCAAAAAAAUUGGUGCUGGUCGAGAUGCAGUGAUUAAGAAAAUGCUGGAAUCAUCCUCCUUAAACGUGGAAGAAAUAAUUGAUAAAACUCCUAAUCCUCAUGGCGGCUGCCAAAUAGAAGAAAUAAUCACCAAAAAUAAACCUCAUAGUUCUUCUUUUGUUUUUCGCCAUUUGCCUUCAGGCAUGGGGGUAACUAUCGGCAAUUAUUUGCGCCGUGUUCUUCUGCAAUAUAUUAGCGGAAUAGCCCCAUUGGGAGCAACAAUUAUUGAUAAUAAUGGUCCAGCGAAAAGUGAACUCAGUACUCUAGUGGGAGUAGCAGAAACAACUCCUUAUCUAAUUAUUAACUUGAAAAAAAUUAUUGUUGAAGAAAAGAAAAAAAAAGAAGGAAUUUUUUUCCUAAAAUUGAAUAUCGAGAACAAAGAAAAGAAGGAAAAAAUAAUUACCGCCGGCGAUUUUCAACCAGACAAAGAUAUCGAAAUUAAAAACCCGGAACUUUAUUUGGCUACUCUUGCUCCUGCGGCUAAUGAAGAAGAUAUUAUUGCUUUCGAUACCGAUUAUUCGCCAAUUAAAGGUGGUCAAGUAAAUUUCCAAGUAAAUUCAGUAGUGAUUAGUCCAACCAAAAAAGAAGAGGAAUUGAUCCUUACCAUAAAUACUGACGGUGCUAUUAAGCCAAAAAAAGCACUCCAAGAAGCUUUGGAAGUGUCGCAAAACUCAUUUAAUGAAAUUGCUAAUCUAAUCAAUGUGGCUGACACUAUUUUGCACGAGAAGGUGGAAACUAGUUUACCAAUGGCUCGCAGUCUCACUAAAUUAUUGGCAAAACUGAAUUCGGGAGUAAUGAAUAAGCUGUUUACUGAGUUGAAAGAUAGAUAUCAAGAAAGAAAAGGAAAAAUUAUAGGCCUAGUUAGCUCAGCGGUAGAGCGUCCGGCUGUUAACCGCAAAAAGAAGAUGAAAUUUUUCAAUGAACGAGAGCCAAAAGAAUAUCACGGAUUUUUGGUAGAUUACCCAGAGACUAUACCUGAUGAAUAUCUCUGUUCUGCCGAAAAUAAAAGACAAAAAGCUCUCUGA